AUGGUGAUAUUGUGCCGAACCUCACUAUUGGAUUUUUGUAUUGUACAUGUACUCGAAAACUUUCUGUGCUCCGAUUUAAUGAAAUAUUUACAUCAUAUAGAAUUCCUUAAUUUACCGCGCAUUUUCACUCUCACCCUCAUAUCUGAAGUGGUCGACAGACGAACUAUAAUCUUGGAUAAGAAUGAGUAUGUCGAACAAGUCAUUGGUAAUAAUGCAGCUCAACCUGCAAUCGGAUUAGUUGAUAUUCCACCAGACACAUCAACACCAAGUGGCAUAAGACAUUGGACGACUCCAAAUGGAGACAGUCUACAAAAUACUUUAGAUUUCAAUUGA